AUGCUGUCUCGAGAAGUUGAUGGCAGUGAUAAUAAUUUAAACCAAUAUUCGAAAUUUGGUACUUCAAUUCAACCUUUUCAAAGGAAUUUCCCUCCUCAACCUUUUUACGGACCAGAUGGAAGUUCAAUGAUCAAAUGUCCAUCCGAUAUUGUUUUCACUGAUCCAACUAAACCAAUUCCAAACUGCACUGAUCCACUUCCAAUUGACAAUUUCCCAAUGCCAAGGUGCAUUUCAAAUAUAAUAAAUAAUUAUCGCACAGAAAAAUUUAAUAUUGGACAGAGAUUAGGUUAUCAAUCUAAAAGACAUACUAGCAAUAUGGCAACCUUUUUUUCUUAUUUCAUUUCAUCAGAUAUAAUUCAGUCGAAUACGUCUAUAGCAUCAAUUCCUAUCUACAUACCAUCCGACGACUCAAUCUACAAUCCACCAACAGGUCAACUUAAUAAUACCCAAAAAAAAUUCCUUGGAUUUAAUAGAACAGAACCAGUUGACAACUUAAGAAAUGGACUGAACCAUGUCACGCCGUUCCUUGAUUUGAAUCAAUUGUAUGGACUUAGCAAAGAGGAGUCUACUCAAUUACGUGAUAUUGGUAAUCGAGGAAAGUUAAAGAUUGAUAAGAAUAAUCAAUUCUAUCCGAUGAAAGAUCCAACUACCGGUGAUUACAUCUUGGGACAAUUUUCUAAUCAAACAAAUUAUAUUUUCACAUUGGCAAUCCAUGUUAUUUGGUUACGUGAACAUAAUAGAUUGUGUGAUCAAUUAUACAUAAAAUAUGGUGACUCGUGGACUGAUGAUCAAUAUUUUGAAGAAGCUGUAAUAGUAGAAGAAGAGUAUUUUGGUACUAUCCUUGGUAGAUCACUGCCACAAUAUGAACGAUAUGACGAGAGUUUAGUGCCAGGAAUUGACGUUUUCUUCGAAACGAUAACAUUCAAACAUAGCCACAGUGAACUUGGCAAUAAGUAUCGUUUACAAGAUGAAUAUGGUGACAUAAUUGAAGAUUUAACAUUGGAUGACAUUUUGACAGUUGGAUUGUUGGAAAAAUUUGGAAUAGAAAAGAUUUUGAGAUCAAUGUCCCUACAAGUUCAAGAAGAUUCAGAUAUUUAUUAUUCUGAUGCUGUCAGAAAUUAUAAAACUAUUGAGCAACUUAGUUAUGAUAUGGCAGCUUCCAGUGUUUUAAGAGCCAGAGACAGAGGAAUUGCUUUAUAUAAUGAUGUUCGCCAGGCAUAUGGUUUAAAAAAGAAAGAUUCAUGGGCAGAUAUAACUUCAGUUAAAGCAUUGCAAGAUUAUCUAAAACAAUUGUAUCCUAAUGGACCUAAUCAAUUGGAAGCUUUUGUUGGAGCAAUGGUUGAAGAUCAUUUGGACGGAUCAAAUUUUGGUGAAUUGUUGGACACUAGUAUGGUCACCCAGUUUGUGCAUAUUAGAAAUUCAGAUAGAUUUUGGUAUGAGAAUAGUAUCAUGUUUACAGAUGAUGAAAGGGAAAUCCUUAGACACACAACAUUUAGAGAUAUUAUUGUACGUAACCUGCCAGAAGAUUAUCAAUCAUUUAUCCCACAAAAUAUUUGGAUGGUUCAACCAGUGGCAUCCACCGAACCUUUAUCACCUGAUUAUGAAUAUCCAAAUGAUAUUUCUAUGUGGCCACUAUAUAAUGUCAAGUAUAGCAUCGAUGAUUAUUCUAUUUCUUUCAAAGUUACUUUACAAACUAGUGAUGGUAAAGGAUGGUUUGGAAUGGGAUUUGAUCCUGAUGAUGAUGGAAUGAAUGGGGCAGAUUUUGUUAUUGGAACUAUAGGAGAGAAUAAUACUUUUGACUUAUACAAUUAUCAUUCAGCUGGUUAUCAUAAACCUGUUCUUGCCGAUGAUUCAGAUUUAACAAUAAUUAGUAAUCCACCUCUUAAAGAUAAUUUGGCAACUAUUGAAUUCUCAAGACCGUUAUUGCCUAAUGGAAAAAAAGGAAUUAAGAAAGGACUUGUUAAAUAUAUCAUGGCUUAUAAUCCUGGAAGUUCGCAGUUUUCUUAUCAUGCGAAUAAUCGUAUAAUGAUUACGAUCGAUUUUUAUCAAAAAAAAUUAGAAUUAGAAGAAAUAUCAUUAACUCAACAAAGAGCAAAACUUUUCCAUGGAAUUGCAAUGGGUUUAGCCUGGGGUGUAGUGUUUCCAAUAUCAAUUUUUAUAGUUAGAUUUUUUAAACAUACAAAUCACUAUGUCAAGGUCCAUCGAUUUCUUCAGAUAGCAGGUGGAAUAAGUGUUGGAACUUUUGGAGCAGCAGUAAUAUCAGUGUCUAUGGCAGAUAAUCCUCAUACACUAGUAGGAUUGACGCUUUAUUUCUUAGUAUUUCUACAACUAGCAAUUGGAAUAACUUCAAUAUGGAGCCAAGCAUAUUUAGUAUCAGUAAAUAUAGGUUAUUUUAGGUUGUUUAAAAGAAGUCAUAAAUAUUUAGGGGCAUCCUUAUUAAUUAUUGCAUGGUUUAAUAUUUAUCUUGGCAUGGAUACCUAUGGUUUAUUAUAUGGAGAGUAA